AUGUCGUCAGCCUACUUCCGUCUGAGCCUGUAAAAAGGUAAACAGACACAGUGAAAACGAGAUAGACAAACGUCUUUGUGUUAGAAUAUGUGCACAGAUCGAGAUUCAAAAGUGGUUUCUUGUAGGCCUACCAACUUAUUGUAUUGCAUAGAUCUAUGCUAAUCUAGAUCUACUUUAUCCUCAGUAUCUUACUUCAAUUGCAAGUAGUGUUUGAGACCAGAUUUCACUGGUAUCUAAAGACAACACAGUCUUGGCUUGAUAAUACGGUCAACACUUUACCGGCUAUAUUUGAUCUUUGAGUGGAUGUGGAUAUUGAAAAAGAAAAAGCAUUAGUGGACAAAGUUUCAAGACUAACAAAUCGCUCUUUGCCUAAUUGUCAGCCCUCACAUUAAAAAACCCUACAUACUGAUAGGGGGGGCCUCGCGCACACGACUGUCGUGGAUUCGCCUAACCGCCCGCACGCCGAAUCCCAAGGGUCCCCGGAGCGGAGACGCCAGUGCCCUUGCCUUUGGCUCCUGGGCCCCCUGGCCAACUGUAAGUUUACGCGCACGUCCAUUCGAUGUCUGAGGAGCCCCGGCAAAAUGGUGAAAACCUUCCAGGCCUACUUGCCAAACAAGUGUCAUCGCACCUAUAGUUGCGUGCACUGCAGAGCCCACCUCGCCAAUCAUGAUGAGUUGAUUUCUAAGUCUUUUCAAGGCAGUCAAGGCAGAGCCUAUCUCUUCAAUUCAGUAGUGAAUGUAGGUUGUGGACCAGCUGAAGAACGAGUUCUGCUGACUGGACUUCAUGCUGUGGCAGACAUUUACUGUGAGUGUUGUAAAACAACUCUAGGAUGGAAAUAUGAACAUGCCUUUGAAUCAAGUCAGAAAUACAAAGAAGGCAAAUAUAUUAUUGAACUGGCCCACAUGAUAAAGGACAAUGGAUGGGAAUAGCUGAACUAUUUGUCUCAGACAAAGCUGCUAUUCAGCAGAGAAUGAUUUUACCUUUUUGCUGAGCAUGAAUGAGCACCAAAAAAAAAUAUCUUAUCCAGUUUGUUUUUUUCCUCACUAAAAAGCUAGAAAUAUGAGCGCCUCUUUGCCCCAGUUUUUUUCAAUUUGCUGUAAAUGUUUCCAGUUAAUUCCUGGCAACUAAUGGAUGACAUUUUCAUGUUCGUUAUCAAAUUAAUUUCUCAAAGUACUUGAAUCUCCUUUUAGUCCAAUGUUCUGUGCACUGUUUGAAAUAAUAUUUCUUGAUUUGUGUGGCCUUAUUCCUGGAAACUAAAGAAAAAUGUGAAUCACAGGGAAAAUGACUAUAUUUUUAAUGAUAGACAAUGGUGCAGUGUUUAAUUGAUUGUGAUGCCUCCUAAUAGGAUCAAUAUCAGCUUCAUAGUAACUUCGACUAUAUAAAUUAAGUUUCAGGAAUAUAAUUUUACUAAUAUUUGCAUGAACAAUAUUUUUUUCUUUGGUGGAUAUGAAUAAAUAAUGACAGAUGAAUAAAAAAAAUGAAUACUAUAUUAAUACAUGAAUACUAUAUUAAUACAUGAAUACUAUAUUAAUGCAUGAAGAACAUUUUUGACCCCUUUUAUUUUAAGUCAUAUUCAUUUACUUUAAAAAUGAAAUUUUGCAACAAAAAAGAAAUGGAGGUAAAUUGAAUUUUCUUAAUAUUAAUUGUACUUGGGCAGAUAAAAACCUGUGUGGCAUGAUUCAUUUUUCACUCAGACAAAGAGAAUUUUACUAUAGCGUUAUUUCAGUGGCAAAUUGAGACAAUUACAAUGUAAAAGUAUGUUUCAAUGCAAAAUGACACAUCAAUAUGAAUGACUCCCCAUUCAGUGUACAUCAGUUAAUACUUUCAAUACAUCAGGAAUUUAUUUCGUUCAAGGACAAUUUCUUUGUGGAACUAAAUUUCUAUUUUUUUAAAUAAAUAUUUUGAAAACAAAAAAAAAAAAAGAAAUUUAAAAUAUAUAUAAGGUUAAAAAAGAAAAAUUCCCAAAUGUGCUUUCAAAAGUAAUUACUUAUACUUAUUGACACUCUGAUUUUGUAAACAUAGACGUUAACUAUAAAUGAACACCUAUAAUACACUAUUACCUAUUGUCAUGAUUUUAACUCAUUUUUAUUCAAAGCAUCUUUACCAUUAUAUUAAAUGUUUUCAUGUUGUUGUUUUUACUUGAGAUUGUACUGCUUCAUCUUCUACCAUACCAGUGUUUCUAGUUGUGUAACCUACUUCAUCUCUUUGUUGGCAUCACAGUUCAGUGCUGGCAUUUUUGCAUAUCAUUUUAUUAUGUUUAGAGUUUCAUUUUUCCUCUUUGAACUUAAACAAAUUUUUCUAUUUUUUUUAUUUGAACAUUAGCUAAAAAAAACAAAACAAUGUCAUUAAUUUUAAAAUGGUUAAUACAUAAAUUGUUUUAUUUUAUCUAUAAAUUCAUUAAUUAAUUAAACAUAAAUUACAAAGAAAUAUUUUUUAAAAUGCUAAUACUUUAGGAUUUUGUUAAUUUAAAACUUCUUUUUUUUUAAAGCACUUUGAAAUUGUUAGAUUAUAUUUCUUUUGUUAAGCUCAUACAAAACAACAUCCUUACUCUUACAAAUGAUGAAGUAAGAAAUGACAAAUUGACCUGCCCACUUGUAAAUGUGUAUGAUAUUGUAAACUUUUUUCUCAUUUAUUUUGUUUUUCUUAUGCACAAGGAGGUCAUGUGUUCUCAUUUUUAUCUUGUACAUAGGUUUUUUUUCUUUUUGCUUCUUUGUAUAGAUAUAUUUGGUUCAAAUACUUUCAUUAUAUAUUUUUGUUGAUGUCCUGAAAUUGUUUUUCUUUUCAGUUUUUGGAUGUCAGUUGUUUCACACAUGUUUCAAAACAACUUUCAAUCUGUAGCAUGUCCUUAUCAAUGAAUGAGUCAAUUUGAAUAGAAGAAUCAAGCAGAGCUGCUGAACAGUAUUUGACACAAUUUGUACAACUAAAACAUUAUAGUGACAAAAACAUAAAAUGAUCAUCCAUAUAAAUCAUUAAAAAACGUGGAAAUGUUUUCUCCAAAUUCUAAUUACAUGUCCAUGUUUAUGAUCUAAACAAACAGAAUUUCAAUGGGUGCCUGUCAUUUAAUGAAAUGUCAAGAAAGGCUUUUUUUUUAAAACAGCAUACUAAAUAGGAAGCAUUUUGAUUGUUUGUUUUUUGUAAUAUCCAGUAGAGUAAAACUAAUAAGGCUUGUUUUCGAAUCUAAAGAUUGAGAAAUUCAGUAUUUCUUGUGGCUAGGCAGCCCCCCCCCCCAGCUGUGACCUACAUAUUUUGCCACAACCAGCGCAGACAUAACCAUUAUCCCCCCGUGUUUGAUUUAGAUUCUUUUUUCAUUAUCUGCUUCUGUCCUAGACAGUUUAUUUUCUUUUGGUCUCAAAUAUGUGUCCUGAAGCCUUUCUUAGUAAUCUUCAGCUGUUCCAAAGUUGCCUGCAGCCAGGUGCUCUCAUCUAUGUCUCAGUUAAAGUAAGUUGGCCUGGUCUAUAAAGCAUUUCCUUGGGGCUCCUGUUAUGCUGACCACCAUUGAGCUCACCAAAAAAGACUGCCUUUGGCAUAUGUUCGUGGUCAUAGUGGAUAUGUGCCCAGUCAGAUUAUAAUAGUCUUACCAUACUGGCACUGGCAAGUGGAUUAUUAUUUCUAGUGCGGUCUUGCCAAUAUAUGGAGCGCAGACAUCUUUGGUGAAAAUGUUCAAGAAGUCUUAGUUGCUUUCUGUAUAGCACCCAUGUUUCAGAUCCAUAUAGAAGGGUUGCUUGGUAGACACUUAUUUUUGUAGGCAGGCGGAGCAAUUUAUUCCAUCAAAAUUUCGUCUGGAUGCGUUCAAAAUCACUACUGGCCAUGGCCAGAUCAACUUCCAUUGAAAGAGCUGGGUCAUUUGACACUAGGCUUCCCAGAUAUGUGAAGUGGUCUACUAUGUUAAGGGAGUGUCCAUUUUCUGUGAUCUUUGGGGCUGACUAGGUUUUAUUGGGUGACUUCUGAAACAUGACUCCUGAGGUUUUAGUGAAACCAAAAGAGACGGCUGAGUAUGCAAAUUCAUUGACCAUGAUCAUGUUCAUUGUGAGCUAGUAGGCCACAAUCAUCGGCAUAGAGAAGCUCUGUUAUCACUGAUUCCUUUGUUUUUGUAUGGGACAGUAGACGUCGAAGAUUGAACACAUUGGACUCUUAGCGAAACCUGCCAUAGAUUUAUUUGUACAGCAUGCUACCGCAUUAUGCACAAAGAAGAUAGUGAACAGAGUAGGAGCAAGUACACAGCCCUGCUUCAUGUCAUUUUCUUUUUUGAUCUGACAGGUGUCUAUUCUGGCCUUUUUGUCCCACAUGAAGUUUCUUGAGAAUGGAUAGGAAUGUAGGUGGGCAUCAGAGCCUGGUCUAAAUCCUACAUAAGCCAUUGCAACUGACCAUGUUAAAAGUCUUGGUGAGAUCCACAAUUGCGGUGUAUAGAUAUAAGUUCUUCUCUCUGAUGUACCUCUACCGGCUGUAAAGCCACAUUGACUCUCAGAUAGCACCUCGUCCUCAGUCAAGGAAAACUCAUGCAAAGAUCUUUCCUGUCUCUGUAGUUAAGGCAGUUAGACUUUGUCACCAUUUUGUACAGGGAUAUGAUAAUGGUAUCUCAAAAUUCUCCCAGCAUAGAGCAAACAAGUCUGUUAGCCUCUCAGUUAGUGCAACACCUCCCAUUUUAAAUAUUUCAGCCAGAAGUCCAUCAGAGCCAGGUGCUUUUUAUUUUUUUAGUUUAUGAAUUACAGUUUCAACCUCCUCAAAGGUUGGUGAGUCAUUGAGCUCCUCUCUCAAUUUUCUGAGAAAAAUUUACCUGUGACUCCUCCGAUACAAACCUUUUGUCACCAAAUAUCAAGCUAUAGUUUUCUGUCCAGCAGUUUAGUAUAUCUGCCUUGCUAUUUAAUAGAAUGAAACCAUCAGAGGAUUUUAGCGAUGCCAUAGUCUGGUAAGUUUGACCAUAGGUACAUCGAAGAGACUCAUAGAAAGAGUGUGUGUCAUGAAUAAUCAGCAUGUCUCUGCAUGUUUACAGAUAGUUCAAGCCACCAUUUAUUUUUUAGUUCCCGGAUCUUUAUCUGCAGAGUGUGACAAGAAGCUUUUUAGAGAGAUUUGGCUGCAUUGUCAUUAGGGGUUGCAAGAACAGAACAAUAGCAGUUGUGCUUUUUCUCUAGCAGGUCAUUGUUCUCAUCAAACAAGUCUCUAUUAGGUCUACCCAAUGACUAUGGCUGUAAAGUCCUUAAAUAUCAUAUUUAUCUGGCUCCAGUUACUCACUGGAUCAUCGUCCUAGAACUUUUUGAGAUCAGUCCUCUGAAUUGCUCUUGUAUGCCAGCCAGCCUGUUAACAUUUAGCUUCCUUGCCCUAGAAGAGCCUUUUUUUUUCUGUUCAACUUCAUGGAGAUCUUCAACUUCAUACAAACAAGACAAUGGUCCAUGUUACAGUGGGUACUCAGCAUUACUCUAGUAUGCACAACAUCUUUAACAUCUCACUAGUAUGUAAUCCAACAGGUGCCACCAGAGCUUUGAGCAUGGAUUCAUCCAUGUGGUCUUAAAAUGGCUUUUUUGUUGGAAAUUGUGUUGGUUAUUGCAAGCUUUGCUUCAGAGCAUAGUUCCAACAAAUGUCUGCAGCUGACCAGUAAAGGAUAAUCUAUUUCACAAAAAACUAUUUUUGAUUUACUUAACAAAUUAUUCAACAAAUCACAACAGAUAAAUAACCUGAUUUCAUUUUUUAGUGCCUGAUAAAUACUAAAGUAAAUUUCCUGUUUAUUUAGCUUUGAAGAAAAAUUCCUACCUAAAAAUAAUUUUCAUAAAUACAGUAUGAUAAUUUUUAAACAUCAUUUUUGUUCAUAGUUGUUAGUAAAUAUCAUUUAUUUAUUUUUUGAAUGCUAUAGAAAUAGUUGGCUAUGCAUCCAAAUUUCACAGUGUUAUUUCAUAAUUUAAUAUUAAUAUUUCCAGGCUAUUUGCAAAAAUAUAGCAAAAGCUUUAUUUAGCCUAAUGUGUAUACACCCAUGCUUACUUGUAAAAAAGUGAACUAACGACAUCACAAAAUUCUUUAGUCUGGAUGUACAAUAGGAUGUUUACGUGAUUUUACAUAUAUUUUAAAUAUAAUAGAUAUCGAUAUGUUGGCAAACAUUCUUAAUUUCUGAUAUCUUUUCAAAGAUAUUUCAUUUUAAAAUUUAAUUUUUUGGCCUUGAGCUUUCCAAAAAGACUAACAUUUUGAUUAGGUAUGUAAUUUUUAACAUUGAUUGGCAAAACUUGUAUGCAAAAAUGUUUAGCUCUCAAUAGUUUACCUUUUAUUUAUAAUAUUACUGGCCCAGGCAGAUGCUACUAUAACUUGUAUGCUCGUUCAGGAUCAUGGAUUUAAAACUUGCAUUAGGUAGUCUAUUUAAAAAAAAAAAUUUUUUAAGUAGCAGGAAUAAGUUUGUUUUGAAGACAAAUACUGGUACUCUAUAGUGUCAAACUGUCAGCAUUCAAUUGUCUACUUUGUCAGUAUUUUAUUUUUGUCUUAGUGUUAGAAUCAGUGUCAUUCCAUAUUUAUGACAUUUACUUAUGUGUUUUUUUUUAAAUAUUGUUCAAUGACCAUUUAAAAGUAUGACUGUACAAAAAUAUUAAAUGUGCAUGUGAAAACAGAUGAUUUAAUAGUUAGCAAUUGUAUUUUUUUUUUUUUUGGAGUUGCUUUUUUUAUUUUUAACUGCUAGAUAAUUGUUAGACAACUCAAAGAUCUGUCUGCAAACAUUAACAAGAAAUUGUAACAAUACAUCAUUAGAGUACAUCAAGAAGUGUUUUUUUUUUAUUUAUUUUUGUUGUUUAAAAGAAAGCAAAAUGCCAUUGAAGAAAUAAUCAAAAUCUUUUCAGUUCAGCAUUUUGUGCAAUUUUGUACCUCAUAGAAAAUUUUAUAGCAUGAAGUCACUAUCACAAAUUUCUGAUCCUAGUGUGACCUUACUUGGCUACAGGGGCUGAUAGAAUACUAUUUGAUUUCACCUUUUUUUUAAUUUUUCUAUUUAAAAAAUUACUGGCAAUAAUGUUGAAAUCUGACCAGCAAUAGAAUUGUAUGAACCUUUUUUUUAGGUUAAAGUGUUCAAAUAUCUGCUACUCUUAAGAAAUAUUUAUUUUAUAAACUCAAUAAUAUUUUUUAUAAAAGGAAUUACUAAACUAAACAUUUGAAAAAAAAAGACCUUAUCAAAUAAAGCUAAAUAUUUAAAGGAUUUGUAUUAACAACCAAGUUGUUUUUUUUAAAGGUCAAUUUUAUUUAUUAGCAACUUAAGUUUUCAAAACAAAUAUUGGCUUAGAAAACUGUGCCUUACCUUAACUUUCAAAAGAUUUUUUUUUCUAAUCAGUUUAUUGUUGUGGGUAUGGUUCAGAUUGUUCCUGUUUUUUUUGUGUGUUUUUGUUUUUUUUACUUUUUUUUUAUUUGUUCUUUUGUUUUUAAAAUCACUAGAAAAAUUAAAUUCUUAAAAGUAACAUAAGGUUAUUAAUAUCAUCAUUUUUUUUUUCCUGUAUACUUACUGUCACUUGUCUGAAAAACCUCUUCUGUUAUAAUAGUCUUAACCCUUUGUUUCAGUAGAAUAAUUUCUAUAUUACUGUUUCUAUUUAAGUUUUAAAUCCACAUGUAAUGUCCAUAGUUCAAUGAUGUUUUUAGUUGGAACUAGAUGAGUUUAUCCAGCAAUUUCUUUUUCCUUCUUUAUGUCUUCAUCUUUUUCCAGUCAAAUCUGUGUAAUGAGUAAUGUUUAACAAGGCCAUUACUGGAAGACAAACAAAAAAUGUUUAUUUUGUGUAAAACAAGUUAUCAGCAUUGUUUAUAUUCUAGAUUGCUAGAAAUGCUACUAAAAAAAGUUUUCUGUCAGAUUUCAUUCUGUAAAACAAUGUGUUUAUAAAUAUGGUGUGAUUUUGAAGAAACAAAAAGUUCCUCUUGUGGGAAAGGUGGGGUGGAAAAUGUUUCACGUUGCAGCUAUCCAUUUGACUUGGCGAAUUAAACUACAAUUCUAUCAUCAACUCAUUUAUGACAUUAAAAUGUUUUUCUUUUCUAUGAAUUUUUGAGAAGUGUUUGUAUAUUGAUACAUUCUUGUUUUUAUGUUCAUCCAUAUUUUCAUCAAGAAAACAUUUCAAUAAUAUUGUCAUUAUAUGUUAGAAAUGUGUUGCUAUUCUAAUGCUGUGUGAAUAACAUAUUAUAGAUUCUGUCAAGCUAAGUGUCUAUCCCAUAGCUUUAGAGCUACUUAUAAGUGUAUUUUUGUUGUUAUUUUAUUUUUUCAAAAAAUGACCUGAAUUUAAAUAUUAGAGAAUAGGCCAUAUCUAGACCAUUGAUAAUUGGAGUGACAGCUCAUCAGAUUAAAAGACAAACUUUUAAAAAAUGUAUGGUUGUUUUAAACUAAUUGUGGCGUAAAUUUUGAAAGUUAAAAUCUUGUUUGGAACAGUGGUUUGAUAGCUGGAUGACUUCACAUAGAUUGCAGUUUAUAUGCCAGAUAAAUACUGUGUUUUCCAUAGAUAGAAGCAAGGUAAAUUCCAUUAUGUAUAUAAAAAAGUUAACAAUGAUGCACCCACAAGAUAACAAGAUUAGUAAGAUGAAAGGGUUAAUUGAUUACAAGGUUUUGUAUAGGUUGGCUUGAUUCUAUAUAGAUUUAUUAAAUAUGUGUCAAAUAUUUGAAACAUAUAUGACAUGGGUAUUGCUGGUAUUGACAGCAGGUGAAACCUAAUUAUUAAGUCAAGAUAAAUAAAUACUUUAUCCCAAAUUUCUUUCAGUCAAGCUUAUUGGAUAGAUUUAAUAAUUCUUGGCACAGGUAAAAAUUAUUUGAAUUUAUUUAAUUUGUAAUUAAUGGCGAGUUCAAACUCAAUAUAAUAAACAGUUCUUUUAUUAUAUUGAUGAAAUGUCUAAACCAUGAGGCCACAUGGAUACAGAAACAGUGUACAAACUAGGGGUACACAGAGAAGGUUUUGUUUUGUUUUCAAAUGACGUGUUUACUUUUGUAAUAGGUAACUUAUAUAUGUGUGUGGUUUGUUUAUUUCUGUGUAUCUUUGUGAUUUUAAGGAAUAGGAACACGACAGUUUGCAUUUGGACAGAUUGGUUCUGGGAGCCAUUUUCUCCCUAGUAGGCCAAGUCAUGUAGUUGUUGAUGGUGUACUACCUUGUAUAUAGUGUCUUCUUAUAAUGUCAAUGGAAAUUAAAGUACACUUACACUAAUACA